AUGGAGCCCACGUCAACUUCAGGCUUAGAAUUACAAGAAACACAAACCGCCAGCCCGGACCCCAACACAGCAGAGCAGCCUCCUACAACUCAAGACCAAUACCCCACCGGUCUGCGGUUCAUCUUCCUCACCAUCGGCCUCAUCCUCAGCAUCUUCCUCGCUGCCCUCGACUCCUCCAUUCUAUCUACUGCCAUCCCCCGAAUCACGGACCACUUUGGCACGGUCAAAGAUGUAGGCUGGUACAGCGCCGGGUACACCAUCUCCAACGCUGCCUUUGGAUCAACAUGGGGCAGAUCGUAUAAAUUCUUCCCUCUGAUGGCCACCUUUUCAACGGCCAUUGCCAUCUUUGAAGCUGGAAAUGUCAUCUGUGCUUUGGCGCGGAACAGUGCCACCCUGAUACUGGGGAGGAUGGUGGCAGGCGUGGGGGGAGGCGGCAUCAUGACGGGGUGCUUCAUCGUUAUUGCGCUGAGUGUUAAGCCUGCCCUUCGAGCGGCCUACAUGGGUGUUUUGGGCGUGACGUUUGGGACGGCGAGCGUGACUGGGCCGUUACUCGGUGGGUUUUUGACGGAUGGGCCUGGGUGGAGGUGGUGUUUCUGGGUGAGUUUGCCGAUUGGUGUUCUGGCGGGAGUGUUAGUUGGGGUGACGUUUAAGACGCCCUUUGCUGCGCGGCCUGUGUCAUGUGCUGUGAGGGAGAAGCUCUUUUCGUUGGAUCUUCUGGGUGCUUGUAUGGUGAUGGGAUCAAUGUCGUGCUUUACCCUUGCUAUGCAACGAGCUGCUAUACCAUCGCAAUGGCACUCACCCCGGGUAAUCAUACCGCUGUGCUCCUCCGUCAUUCUCCUCGUUCUCUUCAUCCUCAACGAACGAGUUAUGGGUGUCCGCGCCAUGAUCCAGACACACCUCCUCAAAAGACGCAACAUCUCCCUCAACCUCAUCUACCAAUUCUUCCUCGGCGGCCUCUUCUUCCCACUAACAUACACGCUGCCCAUCCAAUUCCAAUCCGUGGGCAACUCCUCCGCCACCCAAUCCGGCAUCCGUCUCAUCCCCCUUAUCCUAGGCGUAUCCAUCUUCACAAUGGUGGCCAACGGCCUGCUCACCUUCUCGCGCCGCUUCACCACGCCGUUCCUACUCCUCGGCGCAGCGGCGGGCACCCUCGGCGCGGGACUCGUGCACACUCUCGGCGCGGAGGCUGGCACAGCCCCCUGGAUAGGGUACGAGCUGCUGGUAGGGUUCGGCGUCGGGAUUGCGCUGCAGGUGCCGAUGAUUGCGAACCAGGCUGCCGUGGGGGUGGAGGACAUGGCGGCGAUAACGUCGCUGACGCUGUUUGUGGAGAAUGUCGGGGCGGCGGUGUUUAUUGCGUCGACGGAGGCGGCGUUUACGAAUGGUCUUGUUAGGGGGCUGGAGAGGGAUGUGCCGUGGUUGGGGGCGGAGAUGGUGAUUGAUACGGGGGCGACGAGGAUUCGGGAGGUGUUUGGGGGGGAUGAGAGGGGGCUGGAGGGGGUUUUGAGGUCGUAUUUGGGGGGGUGUCGGGAUGGGCAGUUGGUGCCGAUUUCGUGUGGUGCGGCGGCGGUGGUGGUGAGUUUGUGUGUUGUUGGGAGGGGGUUUGGGAAGGAGGUGAGGAAGAGGGUGUGA